UACACUCUACGAUUUUUGUGGAGACUUGUCAAAACUACAACUGUAAACCAGUCUGACAAUUAGCAGUUACAUAAAGAAAAAAAUUUUACUGCAAAAUAGUUUCAAUAUUCCAUUUUCUGAACUUUGCUGCCGAAACAAAUACCUUUAAAACUCAAUUAAUUUCACUCUGUAUUCUAAAAAAAUUGCUGCGGCUAACUAAAAGCCCUUAGAUUUAGUUGUGAAACAAAAGCUAAAACGUAUCAAAAAAAUUUCGGUGCUAAAUAUUUACGAAAAUAAAUUAAUGAAAUACAAAAUUUAAAACUAUUACAAUCAGCUCUCUGGUUAGAACUGUGUGACUAAAUUACUCAACGUUUUUGAAAAUUAGUUUCGGCUUCUUGUUAUUUGUGUGAGAAACCUAACAAAUGUAAAUUAAACAUUAAAAAUGUACGAUGGACUCACCCGAACCGGUUAAAACGCAUUAUGUGCGUUGUUUGAAAUGCAACAAAAUUCUCGAGUGUUCACGCUACGACACCAACGCGUUGCUCGAACACAUACGCACCGAUCAUCCCGAAAUAGAAAUCAUUGAAAACGGUAAAAACGAUAUGCCACGUAACGGACAAAAGUCGAUGCGCGAAGCGGCUGGCAACAUAGUCGUACCUCACGAGACGCUCGACGAUAAGGAACCCACCAUGUUUGAACGCGGAGCCGACAUAGGUACGGAUGAAUAUGAGGGCUUCAAGCCACGUUCUACAUCUUCGCGUGAGCGCAUGCGUAUACGUUCGCAACGCGGUAUCUUUAAAACGCCAGUUGAUAAUGUUCCCAAACGUGAUAUAUCCGAUUGUGAUGUACGUGCCGAUCAGAGUAAUGGCACCAGCCGUGUCUACACACGUCGCUACACGGUACAUACGCCUUCUUCGCCGACAUACAACGAGAAGCCCAGUCGCAGCCUCUAUCGCACCUCGAUUGAGAAAUGGCGCCCGGCCAACGGUACCAUCUACUGUCCCAAAUGCGGCGUCAAUCGUCGUCCGCUCAUACGCACACAAACCGAACGCAGCUCAAAUAAUUCCUGUUGCGCCGCCUGCAUACUCGGCUGUUGGCCUUUCUGUUUUCUGCCAUUUUUGCUGCCCAACGACAAUAAGGAGUAUCUGCAUUGCUCGAAUUGCAAGACCUUCUUGGGUUUGUAUGAUCGCUCCAAUAAUUGUGUGAAGCCGAAUCGUGAGUAUUGUCAGACGGAGGAGACGGUCAUAAAGGAGUCCGAUAUGCGUACAGCUGCGGGUGCUGACAAAGAGCGACAAGGUUGCCUGUGUUAACGGCUGCCAUUUGUUUAUCAGAAAUUCUGUAUCAAGUAUGUCUUUUUUGGUUAUAUUUUGUACGCGAGCUUCUAUAUGUGCUUUAAGCUUUUUCGUACACAAUAACUUUGACUGAGAAUAUGUAUUCGGUUUAUGUUGGAUUGUACCAGUAUACGAACCCCAUCGAAAGUUUUGUAGCUUUAAAGCUGUGGGAGCUUUUUUAUAAAUUUAAAACUUUGCCUUAUAUAUCUCCGGGUUAUUAAAUGGGUUAGUAGGUCUAUGUCUAUAUAUGCUGUUUUUUGUUAAUCGCGAUUGGCUUUUUAAUAAAGAAGUAACUUACAUUAUUAAUC